AUGAAGUUCAGCACCACCGCCCUCAUCGCCGGCCUUGCCCUCAGCGCCGAGGCCAAGCUUCACAACGCUGGCGCCUGCGUGCGCAACCGUCAGAGCAUGCCCAUCGGCGGCACUGGCUGGAGUGUCAGCUACAGCUGGUCCAAGAAGUACGAGAUUAUGCCCGAAGCGACCAGAUGCGCCUGCGACUACUACAGAAGGCGCAACACCGGCAACAAGCAAUGGGAUCAGUGCCCAGACUGCAAGAUGGAGGGAGACGCUUGCGUAUCUGCAGGCUGGCACAUUGGUGGUGACGAGCUCAACCACUACUGCACCAAGUACUGCGGUGCCCCUCAGUCUGAGGGCAGCAACUCCUAG